AUGGAGACUACAACAAGCGAAAAAAGAGGUAGAGGGAAUAAAACGGUGUUGGUAAAAGAGGUGACUUGCGUUGUAUGUAAUGGUUCAUUUCCAUAUAAAACCGUUGAACUUACUGAUGAAUUGAUGGGAAAAGUUAGUGAGAUUCCAAAUUUCAGCUGGAGCUGUGAUGAUUGUCUGAUUCACGUUAAGAAUUUAAAGGUAUACAAUGAGUUGAAUGCUAAGCAAAGGGAAAUGAAGGAGGAACUGGUUGGGUUAAAAGUUAAAAGUAAUGAGAUGGUGAAGGAAAUUUCAGUCUUAUCCGAUAAAAAUGAGAAAAAAUUUAUAGCACUGCAAAGUGCAAUUGUUGACAUUUCUAAAGAUUUAAAAGCUUCUCUCAAUAAAAGUUGGGCUGAAGUUGCAGGUGAGAUGAAAAACAAAGUACAGGAGGUUAAUAGAGAAGUGUCAACAAUUUGUAAGACUAUUGAAAAAACAAGUGAUGGUAUUAAAAUUAAUAAUGAUUUGGAGGAGAGAAUGCAUAACAUUAUUAUAUAUCAGCUGAAGCAAUGUAAAGACAAUGAUAAGGUUAUUUGCAACAGCCAUGAUAGAAAGCAGAUUUUAGAGAUAUGUUCUCAAUUAUCUGAUGGUUACAUUAAAGAGAGCAGCAUAAAGUCUAUUUUUAGACUGGGUGUAAGAAGUGAUAAGGUUAGACCAGUCAUGGUUAAAUUUUAUGACAAAAGAGAUAGAAAUAUUGUCAUGGAAAACCUUAAGAAAAUUAAAGGAUUGAGCAGUAGUUUGAGGUGCAUUGGAGUUAAUUAUGACCUAAACAAAGAGCAGCGGGACGUUUUCUCGGUGGUUUUGUGA